AUGGGUGAAUCCUCCGCCACAACUGCGCCCGUUUUCCAAAGGAGGCAGAGGAGGCGAGGAAGUUGGGUAACUUGGCCGGAGGGCCUAAGGGGCAGCGCGUCCUUCCUGUGCCGCCUUUUCUCCCCGCCAGCGCCCCCGUUCCCUGCGGCGCCUGGGCCCUGGCUGCGCCGACCCCUUUUCAGCCUGGAGCUGUCGGACGCGGAGGACGCCUUUCCGCGCCGCGGGGGGCCGCUCGAGGUCCCAGCCGACAGCCGCGUGUUCGUGCAGGCGGCCCUAGCCCGUCCCUCCCCGCGCUGGGGCCUGGCCGUGCACCGCUGCUCGGUGACUCCAUCCUCACGCCCGGCCCCGGGGCCCGCCCUGGCGCUGCUGCGCGGGGGCUGCCCCGCCGACUCUUCGGUCACCUUCCCGCCGCCGCCGCCGCGCCCCGGUGCCGCCCGCCCCGCGCGCUUCAGCUUCCUCCUGCGCCCGGUCUUCAACGCCUCCGUGCAGUUCCUGCACUGCCAGCUGAGCCGCUGCCGCCGCCUCCGGGGAGCCCGCCGGGCGCCUGCACCUCUGACGCUGCCGCCGCCGUCGACGUGUCUGCCUCAGGAUGAGGCGUGCGCGGGCGCCGGCAGUGGCGGCGGCGAGAGCCCGGGUGCCGACAGCCCCCACCUGCACACGCUGACGCAGCCCAUCGUGGUCACCGUGCCGCGGCCGCCCCCACGGCCACCCAAGAACGUCCCCGGCAGAGCCGUGCGCCCCGAGCCUCCCGCGCCGGCCUCGGCGGCCCUGGAGCCCGCGCCGGUGGUGGCGCUGGUGUUGGCCGCCUUCGUGCUGGGCGCCGCGCUGGCCGCCGGGGUCGGCCUCGUCUGCGCGCACUCAGCGCCCCCACCCCCCGGCCCGCCCCCGAGAGCCUCGCCCAGCCGCCUCCAGCCCAGGAGGCCCCAGUGAGGCAGGGAUGGCGCGCCCCCAGCAGGGCUCGGAGACGCACCAGCCACGGCCUCGGACCAGGCCCACCAGGACUGGACAGGCUGCCCUCGACCUCGGACCCGAUGGGACCACGAUCCCUGCGCCGCGCCCCCUCUCGCUCCUCCUCCCACCGUCCCACCUGGGCCCAAAAUAAACAUCUGG